GAUUUGACACUUUGAGCAAACGUUUUACAUUUCAUUCAUUUUUUUAAUCUUAUACACAAUAGAAAUGUCAAAUUGUUGUCUUAGAAGCUAGCUCGCUAGCUACGUUAGAAAAAAUUGGUCUCUAGUCAAAAAUUUCUCCUUUUCCUUUUUUUUCUCUAUACUUCAAGAUGAAAAUAUUAUUAAUUGGACCUAGUGAGUGUGGGAAAACAGUAUUGGCCAGUUUUCUGUCUGACACAACAGAAACAAUCGGAGCUGAUUACAGCCCUACACAAGGAGUAAGGAUACUUGAGUUUGAAUCACAGAGUUUAUCUAAUGACAACAAAAAAUCAGCAUGUGAAGUGGAACUAUGGGAUUGUGCGGGUGAUUUCAAAUUUGAAUCAUGCUGGCCAGCUUUGAUGAAAGACGCCAAUGGGGUAGUUAUUGUGUUUAACCCAGAUGUGCCCAGUCAUCUAAAGGAAAUAGAGACCUGGCAUUCUACAUUCAUCUCCUCACAGGGACUGCAGGAUGCCCAGUGUCUGCUCAUAGCACAUCAUAAACCAGGGAGCGGGGCUGGCACUACCCGUCCACCAUUAGCCCCACAGUUAAACAAGUUGCCUCUCAUUCACUCAAUCCUUGAGGAAGAGCCUGAAGAUGUUCGACAGGAGUUCCACAAAUACUUGGGAAAUGUUAUGCGGAUGCUAUCAGAAAAUCAGGAGCGAGAAGAAAUGUCAAUUAUUACAUAAUUUUGUAUAAAUCUAUAUUGCACAUAAUAUAUAGGCUACAACGCAUUUUUCUUUCAGCUUUUGUAUUUUUCCUCCACAACUGCAUUAAAAAUCACUUUGACCUGGUAAAACAAUUUUUAUUUUCAGAUACUUUCACUCAUUAACACAAAAAUGAAAGACUUUGAAUGACAUUGGUUAUGUAGUGUAGUGUUCUAUAAGUGCAGAGCUCUGCUUUUUUGUCUACAAGUAAGAAUUGACAAGUGAUAAACUGUAAACUUAUA